AUUCGCAUGAUGUAACUUUACAGUUUGCACGACAAUCAGUUCCAGUAAAGCUUUACAAUUUUUUGGCAUGGUGUCUCGGAUUCUCUUCCGAUCCCAUAGUGGAAAAAAUAGUAGAAAUUAGCUCAAGUGAAGAUGUGAAGGUGGUAUCAAUAGCUCAAGAUCUCAUUUACGCAGAAUCGAAAGGGAGGACACAAACCCAUAAAUCGCUGGCCCUCGGGAUGGCCGUUCGCCAGAUGACUGGAUCCGUAAGAUUACUCCGAAUUCUUCAUGGUUUAGGACAUACAGCAUCAACGGACACCGUCUACAAACAUGAUACUGCGUUGGCAAUAAUAAGCAGCGACGAAGCGGGAAAAGAGAUCUCUAUUCCACGAAGCAUCAAUCCAGAUGUAUUUACUACGAUUAUUUGGGACAACAAUGACUUUAAUGAAGAAACGGUUUCUGGAAAAGGUACAACGCACGUAGCAAAUGGCAUCAUCGUGCAGAAUGAAAACGAUGGACAGACUCUGGGAACGAAACUAGUAGUGAGUAAGAAGAACCGCAGUAUUGUAGCUCCGGAAACCACAAUUCUCCCAUACACAAGCAAAGAGAAAGGAAAUAUUUCCCUGCGAGAUGAAAGUUCCGAGAUUCCACUGGAAGAAAAAUGUUAUCGCCACGUGCAAGAGAUGGGAAGAAAUGCGGAUUUUUUAUACCUUUUGUCUAAAAUGAAUGCUUCGGAGAGUGGAAAGCUAAUGCCAGGAUGGACCGGCUUUAAUACUCAAGUACACAAAGUGAAUCGAAGUGUUUCCCGCAUUGCAUAUUUACCAGUCAUUGAUGCACCGGUUACGGACAUGGCAACGGUCAACACAUUGCUCCGACAUAGCGUUUCGAUUUGCCAACGCCUUCAAAUCCCCCAAAUUGUCUUGGUUUUUGACGAAGCCAUAUAUGCCAAAGCUCAGAUGAUUAGAUGGAAAGAUGAUGAGUUGAAGGAACGUCUGGUUAUAAGACUCGGUGAUUUUCAUACGGUUAUGUCAUUUUGCAGCGGUAUUUCUAAAAUUUUCAAGGACGCAGGGUUACAGGAUAUCAUGAUCGAAUCGGAAGUUGUAGCACCAGGAUCAUUAAAAGGUGUCUUGACUGGAAAGCAUUAUAACCGUUCCAUACGAGCACACAAGAUCAUCUUUGAGGCAAUGGAAAGAUUGCGGCUACAAGCAUUUGAGAAAUCUUUGACAACCACCGAGAAAGUUCUGCUCGAGUCAAUCAAUCGUAUCAUGGAAGAUGAUCCAGAAAGAGAUAACUUUUUGGACAUCAGCAGCGGCAACAACGUUACGGAAGCGAAAAUGAUGUACGACCUAUUUGUUCAGAAACGUUGCGAGGAGAAUCCAUUGUUUUCAUUCUGGUCGCAUUACAUCGAAAUGGUGCAAUUAUUACUACUUUACAUUCGGGCAACAAGAACCACCGACUGGUCUCUACACCUAAGUUCGCUAAAGUCGAUGAUUCCAUGGUUCUUCGCGACAGAUCGCGUGAAUUAUUCCAGAUAUGCUUCGUGUUAUUGGUUGGAAAUGAUGUGUCUCGAAAUCACUCAUCCAUACGUCGCUGUUAACAUUUCUCAAAAUUGGACUGUUCAGAGACAAGAAAACUACUCAUUUUCCAGCAUUGCUUGCGACCAGACGAUUGAGCAAACUUUAAACAGAGAUUCUAAAAUGAAAGGUGGAUUGAUCGGGAAAACGUUGAACAGAGGAGCAGUACAUCGUUGGUUGAUGGGGCAAGCAGAAAGAAGUGCUAUAACAAGACAGUGUGAAGCCAUGGCAAACAUCUCUGAAGUUGCAAGGAGUAGAAAGGAUUUAGACCGGACAAGGAUGGCAGCGGACGAUAAGGCGGUGAUGGAGGUCAUUAAAACGGUGGAGUCAAUGAUCAAUCCAUUCGACAAUGAUAAAGAUGAAUUGGUACAUUUGGCCAGUGGAUCAGUUGCCACCGCUGCGAUUGCCGAAGACAUGAAAAGAAUGCUUGAAAAGGGGAAAUUCGCCGCGGACGAUUUCAUGAAGUCUAAAAUUGUUGGAGAAAUGCCCAAUAUUUACGAAUCUAUAAAGAAAACAAAGUUGGAAACAUUUUCUUCUCUAGGCAAGAAAGUGGUGAGUAAGAAUAAGAAAGGAGAACUUGUAGCAAUGAAGAAUUCGAAAAUCCUUUUCACGAAAAUGCUGUUAAUUGCCAAAAGUCGUAAUCUACAAAUGGAUAAUGUUCUGAAAUAUUCUCUUCGUCCAUUCCCCGCUUCUUUGGCAACACAUGAAGGAGAUAUUGUUAAAACAUCGAAGGCAAAGCUGUUGCACGCAGUUGAAGAGCAAGUAGAAGAAGCUACAGUCAGCGAGUUACCCAUCACGGAGAAGGUCUGCGUUUUAGAUGCAAUGGCAAUGUUGCAAACAUUAACUCCAAUACCAGAAACAUUCGGUGAAUUGGCAACGCAACUACUUGUGAAGGUUGUCAACUCUGCCGUAUAUUCGAACUGCAAACGCGUAGAUUUUGUUUGUGAUCGAUAUCCGCGUGAAAGCAUUAAGAACUUAGAGAGGAACAGGCGAGCAGCUGGCGGAGUGCAAGUGGUUAGAAUAUACAGUGAGCAGCAGAAAGUUCCUCGACAGUGGAAAAAUUUAUGUCAUGUGGUGAAAACAAAGAAGAAUUAA